CCGGGCGGGAUGAUUUGAAAAUAAACAAGAUGGAUUUGAUCGCUGCGCUGCAAUUUCUGAACCUGAACCGAGCUCCACAAGACUGGGUGGACGCCGUGUGGGACUUGGAGUUCACGGAGAGGAAACCGCUGGACCACGUCAUAGAGGACGAAGUGUGCGCCGGUGGAGAGAAGUCUUUCAGAAGCCUGAUCCACUGUCUGCUGGAACAUGCUGCAGAUCAGCAGCAGCCUGCAGGCAGGAACGGAGCAUCACAGCAGGGUGUCUGGGUGAUCCUUGGAGAAAACAGGGUGUCUGUGAAGUCUCUGGUGGCUGUUCUGUCCUCUUUCAUCCUGGCAGCAAAGCCCAAAGGGGCCAAUGUUCAGCAGAGGGUUUGUGGACUCUAUGCGGCUUCUGUUUACCUGCUGCUGCUGGGGAUCCCAGGAAGCAUUGCCAACAAGGUUUUCCACGAGGUUUUGUUGGACACGUGUCUUGACCUGACCUUCCACUGCUGGCCCCAGGAGUCUGGCAGGAAGCGCAAGAAGGACGGCCCGAAAAGUUCCCAGGCUGACAGCAAACGCUCCAAACCGCAGCGUAAAGAUGCUCCAGAGAUGGAAAUGGAGGAGGAAGAAGAGGAAGAUGAGCUGCAUUUUUCUGGGCAGGAGCUGACGAAGAUCAGAGAUGCUAUUGCUGUCUUGGUUCAAAGUCUCCUCCGUCUCCUGCAAACUUUCUCACUCAAAGACAGACCACAGAGUGCCAGUAACUGCACGCAGAUCUUCAGCAAGCUGCUUUACUUGGAACCUGUGUUGAGGGAGCUUACCUUUGCUGUCCCACGGGAUCUCUGUGAGCUCCAGAGUGUCCCGGAGAUGGCCUUCCACGGCCUGAAGCUGCUCUGCUCACCGAGACACGGAGAGCAGAAAGAGUCCCUGCGGAGGGUUUUCCAACGGCUGCUCUACGUCAUCCUGAUGAUGAGUAAAGGCCACAGAGGGAAGCCGUCCCUCCUUGUCCCGAACCAGGCCGUCCUCACCACCCGGGACCAGGCCAUCCACUUUGUUUGUCAUGUGGUGGAUGAGCUGAAAGAGCUGGCGACACCUCUCCUUCAAAUCCUCCUGCAGCACAUCUGCUUCCAGAUGGUGGAGAAAAGCGAGUACCGUAACCAUGGAGCCCAGGCUGUGGGUAUGCUGACAUCUCAGAUGAGCGGUACGGACUACGCCCGCUUCAUAAAGUGGCUUUUCAUCUUCUCUGGUCAAUCAAAGAUGGUGCACCGCCUGUUCUCCGUGGACGUGGCUAUGGUUUUGCUGACUCAGCCGGAGAGAAGCUUGGAGGAAUGUCAAGAUCCGGAACUGGCCAAGUUCCUGUCGCACAAGUUCCUGAUCCAGGACCUGGUGUUCGCUCGACGAAUGGACGAGUCUCCCACCGUCCAGGGCCACGCCCUUUCCUGCCUGGCUCAGUGUCUGGAGCUGCCGUCGCUCAAUGUCACCCGGGCCGUGCACACGCUCUUCUCUGCCACUGGGACACAGACGGUGCUGGAAGAGGAGCUCACCACAGGAUCUUCUAGCUCCCAGAAAACCUACCAAACUCUUCCCUUCAGGACGGUAGAUCUCAGCAGUGGUGACAGCGCCAGCUGCGAUGAGAACCUGGCCCUUCUCCUGCGCCGCGUCAGAGACUCUAAAACCAACGUGAGGAAAGCAGCCCUGCAGGCUGUGGUGGGUCUCCUGAAACACGGCGUAAUUCCCACAACCCGGGAGAACCUAGAAACUCUGGCGGAGCGCAGCAGAGACCCGGCUGUGUCUGUGAAGAAGAAGGCCUUACAUUGCCUGGGAGAAUUGCUCACCGCUAAACCAGGGUGCGUGGAAGUCCAGAAGGCGUGGCUGUUGGGUGUGGUCCCAGCUGUGGUGGACUCUGAGAACUCUGUGCAGGAUAAGGCUCUGGAGCUUCUGGACCAGGUUCUGCUCAGUCGGGUGAAGCCCUACUCUGAGUGGCGGCACCUGGACCAGAGCGAGAGGCUGACCUGGGACCUGCUUGACCUGCUGUGUAACGAGUGCCGGAACCUCAGUCGGUACUUCAGCAGGGCCUUCACCGUCUGGUCCAAACAGAACAAGUUCACCCCAACAUUAAUCUCUAACCUGAUCUCCCACACGGAAACGGAGCACGCUGCAGGGGCCUGGCUGCUGCUCUCCAAGGUCGUCUCCUCAGUGUCCACAAUACCAUACGGCAAGAUCCUGGAGGCCUGGGACAGCAUGGUCAGAUCACAUGACGUGAAUGUGACGAACUGCUGUCACGUCCUUUCUGUUGUCGGAGACAUCGCUGCUCAUUUAAACGAGGACACCAGGGACAGGAUAUCUGCUGAUCUGAUGUCGUGGCUCAAGACUUUUAGUCUGUCUCUGGAGGUGAUCAGCGCAGCCAUGCAGACGCUUUACCAACUUGGCUGUAGCGAAGACAUCAAACAAACACAGGCUUUCCUGAACCAACACUGUGGCGAGCUGGUGUCGAUCUGUGAGACUUAUUUAGCCGGCAUCAUCCUCAGUGAGAACGGAACCAAGAACCUCAACGAGGAUCUGAUGAUAAAGCACCUCCACACUCUCGGCGUGGCCUCGCUUCACUGUCCGGCAAAGGUUGGCAAGAGGACGGUGCUGCUUGUGGAGUCUGUCCUCUCCUCACAUUCCGAGAAGCUGGCGGCCUGUCAGGAGGAGCUGCCAGCAUCACUGCCUCUGUCUCAGUUCAGAGAAAACUCCCUGCCUACCAGGAUCAAAGCCCAUGGCGUGAUCACGUUAGGGAAGCUGUGUCUGCAGCACGAAGAACUGGUCCAGAAAUACCUGCCGGUGUUUGCCAGAGAGCUGGAGGUCGGCACAGAGGUCGCGGUGCGCAACAACAUUGUGGUGAUAAUGUGCGACCUGUGUGUUCGCUACACCAACAUCGUGGAUCACUACAUCCCCAACAUCUCAGCCUGCAUGCGAGACGGUGAAGCCGUCAUCAGGGAGCAGACUCUCAUCAUGCUGACCAACCUGCUCCAGGAGGAGUUUGUGAAAUGGAAAGGCUCUCUCUUCUUUCGCUUUAUGGUAGCCCUGGUUGAUCCAGUUCCUGCCAUUGCCAGUCUGUGUGAAUACUGCCUGCUUCAUCGGCUGCUCAAGAAGAACCCUGAGAUGUUCAGCCAGCACUUCAUCGAGUGCAUCUUCCACUUCAACUCAUACAACAAACACGCGUCGUACAACAAGUUCCCUCAGAGUGAAAGAGAAAAGGUCUUGUUCUCCCUGAAGGGCGCUCAGCACCGCGAGAAGCGCUUUCGCAUCUACCGUUUCCUGCUGGAACAUUUCACAGACGCCCAGCGCUUUAACACCACCAACAAGAUCAGCCAGACCAUCUUAGCAUGCUUUGCGGACGAGGAGCUGCCUCUGGAUGCAGACGGUGCCGAGAUUUUGUCAGAGACCUUCAACGUGUUGAGUCUCAAAGAAUUGAAGCUGCAGGCAUUUUCAGCACCAGCAGGGGGUGCUGGGAGUGAGGAGGCGGAGGAGGAGAAUGUGGCCACCAUGACUAAGGCCGUCCUGCAGGUGGUGCAGAAGAAGGUGGUGUCGCAGGUCCAGAAGAAGGCCUUCAUAGAAAACACAGUUCCUCUAAUCAUCAGCUUAAAGAACCUUCUGGAGCAGAAACGAUCCCCUGUCCUCAAAGACCUCAUGGCCUACCUUAAGGUGACGAUGCAGGACUACCGUAACGAGGUGAAGGAGUUUUUCGCCGGAGACGAGCAGCUGGCAGCUGAAGUGGAGUUUGCUUUGAAGGCGGCCGAAAAGGAAAGAGCGAUGCAGGAGCAGAUGGAAAACUGCAGCGUGACGCCGGGCGCCCAGACGCCCACUGCGAAGAGUUCGGAUCCGAGGUCUCCCACCAAGAGAGCCCUCCUGCCCUUUAACUUCGCCACACCACAGCCGCCUCGUCCAAACACCGCCUCGUCCAGACUGGCCCUGACUGACAGGCGAGCAGGUCCACCUGGGCAGGAGGAGGAGAGUCAGUCCAAGUCUCUGACUCUGGGGAGAACAGCGAUAGUCAAAGGAGAGGUCAGCAACAGAGCCUUCAGCACCCCAAAAGGUUUCAGCCUCAGCCUCACUUUUAACGAAGGACUCAGUGCGAUCUUCAGUGACCAAGGAGCAAGUUCUAUUGAGGAGUCCAGCAUUCUGCAUGUGAAACCAAAUGAACAGACGGCUCCGGGGCCGAGGCGGUGGAACGUGCGGUCCCCUCUUCAGCAGAGGAAAACAUCGUCUAGAGUUUAGAUGUUCCAGCUUCUCCAUGUCACAUUCUGUCUUUAAUACUUAAUCUUUUCCUGUUUCCAGUCUAUUCAAGCUUUGAUGUUUCUGUCACUGUUUCAUUUUAUAUGUUUGCUAAUAAAGGAGAUCCA